AUGAAUCUUAAUUUAAAUGAUGCACAAUUGAAAAAAAAUAAAUCUGCACAUAAUAAAAAAAUAGGUGUAACAAUUCAACUAUCAAACAACCUAAUUGGAACAGGAAAUCAAAGGUUUAAUUUAACCGAAAAACAAAUAAUAAAAUUAAACAAAUCUAAGAAAGGAAAAAAAGGAUCAAGAUUAGAAUUGAAAUAUGAAAAAAUUAAACAAGGUGGAUUUCUUCCACUUCUUUUUGCUGGAAUAGGAGCUGCAAGUGCAUUAUUUGGGGGAAUAAGUUCGAUUGCAAAUACUAUUAUAGAAAGAAAACAUAAGAUAGCAGCGGAAAAAGAGCAAGAAAGACAUAAUAAAGAAAUGGACAAAAUUGUCAAUAAUGUUAAAACUUUACAAGUUGGAUGUGGAAUUAAAAAGGAAAUCAGUCCAUUAACUAAUUUUGAUAUUAUGAAAUCUGGUAAAAUUUUCGAGGAUGUUUUAUGA